AUGGCGGCGACAGAUAAUGAGGUACGAACCAAGCAAAUAUAUUGUACCCACAUCGUUGAGACAACACACUUCGUUCCAUCAUUUUUGGGACUAUGGGAACAAACAGUGGUUGAGAAACACGAAGUUGAGAUUGGUUGCAAUCAAGCUGUCAGUAUACAAAUUUGGGACCAAGUAAUUGUGUACUCUGCAAAAGAUGGAUUACUCAUAGAAGAAAAUUACAUAGGCAAAAUGUUGGUACCACAAGGAGACUUCAUAAAAAAAUUAAUGAAAGGUGUCAGAAUUACUAAAUCUAAAAAAGACACAUACGAGGUGCUCCUGCCUAAUGGUGACACGGUAAAGGUAUGGCUGGAACUGGACAGGUUUUCAUUAACAAUAGAAAUCUCUUCUUUACCAUCCAACUACAAACAGGUUCAAGGGUUCUGUGCCAUUACAAGGGAUAUGAAUGCUCAAGAAGCAAUGAAAACCUACCUGAUAGAAGAGAAAGACUCUAACUUCAAAGGAACAAAAGAAUUGGCCACCGAGCAAAGCUCUACACAGAAUGUCUGUCUCUGUGAAAGUGGUAAAGUCAACUGUAUGGAAACCCUCUCAUUUUUGGGUUGUAAUGAAGCUGGAAAUGAAGUCUAAGAAAUACCCCAUUAAUCAUAAAACAGCUUAUAUUAAAGGUUUAGUUAAUCAAUUAAGACUGCUCUGAUCUCAAUCUAAAUAUGCUGCAUUAAGUCCUAUAAGAUUGGUAAAAACAAACUGGGUUAAUAAAUUCGGAGAUGCUCUCCCAGAAUAGUAUGAUUGUUUUGUUGCCAAAAAACAAGUUUGUCUUUUGUCUCAGAAUACAUAGAAACUAAAUCCGGGAUGGUUUAUGCUGCUGGGGGUACAUUGUUAUUCAAUGAAAAAUAAAAACCCAGUUCUUAUAUAGGAGUUUAUUUCUUACUAUGCACAGAGUUCAUCAGUGUUUC